UCUCGUUGACUACGUGCACAAAUUGGGGAAACUUGUUAAAGUAAUCUCUAUUUCUUGAAUUACCAUAUAUGCCCUAGCCUACGUGCAGAAAUUCAACAUCGGGUGGUGGAGAGUGCCCGCAAGCCCGUAUCUGGUGUUAGAUUGAGUCAUUGGUACUCUGCUUUGGGGCAGGCAUCAAAUUGGAAACCAUUUUAUUGUAUUAUCAAGAAUAUAUUCCAAUCUGACGAUCAAAAGGAUACCAUGACCAAUGAAGCCUACCGUAUCACGAAUGAUCCGAUCCAAGGAAAACCCGGGUAAUGGGUUGUGCCUACCCAUGCAAUAAAAAAUAGGUAUUAAGAGAAGAGAAGGAUUAGAUAGGGAUAGGGUUGCUUAAAAUCCGGAGUCGAGGAGGACCCAAACCGAACACUUGUCCCCGCAACGGUCAAAGAAAUUUAAAAACCACCCAAGAAAGUCGGUUUGUCAAUUUUUACUUUUACUAAGUCGUUCCUUCCUCCUCCAGCAAAAUCCGCAACAAUCUCACCUGUUCACAACAAUGCCGCCGUUUCCAUUUGCAACAACCCUCCUCCUCCUCGUCUCUGCAAAAUUUCUCUUCCAUCAUUCAUACCAUCUCCGUCUCCGUCUCCGUCUUCUUCUUCUGGUCCAUCUUUGUUUCAACUUUCAACACCCCAGAUUGAUUGUCCAAAACUCAACCCAACCCAACAUUGGUGGUUCUCAAACAGAAGAUGACCGUAAAGGGUGGCACAAGCCAAGCCUGUGCUGCUUGCAAAUACCAACGUCGCAAGUGUUCCCAAGAUUGUCCUCUCGCCCCUUACUUCCCUCCUGAUCAACCCAAGAUGUUCCAGAACGCCCACCGCCUCUUCGGCGUCAGCAACAUUUUGAAAAUUCUCAAGCAGCUCAAUACCAGUCAGAAGAUGGAGGCCAUGAGAUCCAUCAUCUAUCAAGCCAACAUCCGCGACAGAUUCCCCGUUCAUGGUUGCUGUGGAAUCAUUUGCCACCUCCAGCACCAGAUACAACAAGCUGAGCAGGAGCUGGGCGCUGUCAACGCACAGCUCGCCAUUUACAGACAACACCACCAUCAGAUUGCAGCCUCUUCCCCUCCCCAUCAUUCUCCUUCUUCCCAGUUACAACUAGGAAUGCCCUCUCCCAACAAUGCUCUUCCACUUUUCCAACACCACCCCCAUCAGCCUUACAAUUCUGUGGCCACCGGAAUUUCUCUUGCACCCCAUCAUUCUUUCUCUAAUGGCGGCAAUGCUGCUUAUAACACACCUGUCUAUAUUGAUCCCAAGGACAAUAUUGUGAAUCCUUUGUGGGUUCAACAUCCUUACAAUAAUAACAAUAACAACAACAAUAAUCCCAUGGCGUUACAGUCUCAAUUGCUUGUCUCACACCAGAUUCCUAUCCACCAAGAAGCAACCGAAGCCCCCCAGGACUAUGAUGAGAUUCCUCCUUUCUUUGACACGAUUGAUGACAGACAAUCUUAUAUAGAUUCCAAAGAGGCAUACGAUUCAAGCAGCUCAGAUUCUUCAUUGAAGGAUACGACACAAUCAAUUGAGCAUGUUUCAGAGAACGAACUCAAGAGUGCCGCUGCAUGCUUCAGUCUGACCAGUGUCAACUGAUAAAAGAGCGAGAGAGAAGAGUGUCAGAGUUGGUCCAAUUUUAACACUGUUUUUUUUUUCUUUGUUCCUUCUAGAUCAGUAUAAUAGACCUAAUUCCACAAUUUUGAUAAUUUGCUUUACCAAUCAUUCAUAUCUUCAUUUGCAAAUAAUAGACAUGGAUGUUUUUCAGGUCCUGUUGGAUGUUUUUCCUAGUGAUUCGAUAUGAUCAUGGCUAUGGUGCAGAUCAAUAUUUAAAAAGCAAAGGUAUUAGGGGAGGUGCCAGGAGCAUAUUUUUCAUAUAUAGGAAAUUAGGAACACAUAAAUGAAUGAACAAUGAUAUAAUCUUAGGGGGAGAAAGGGAUAUAAUUCUCAAAACCCAGUUAAUAAAUACUAUUAAAAGGCUCAAAAUGUGAAAUAAUAAAGAAUGAUGUGCUCAAGGUUCAGGAAGAGUAUAAAAAGUAUUUAAGUUUAAAAGAAUUGAGUCAGGAUAUCUCCAGGAAGAGUAUUAUUAACCUUCAAAAAUAGCCUUGUAUCCUAACUCUCAGUAUUUAGCAUAUAAAUGGGUUCAAAAACCACUAUGCAUUAUAUGAUGCACAUUUGAUACAUAUCGAUACUUGGAAAUUGGA